UCUCCAAUGGGCGACAAUUUCACUGCCCUCUUCUUCGCAAGAAUUCAUGUUUCUAGCUGCAACAUCUGGCUAAGUAAGAAAGGACUCCCCCUUUCUCCACCGCUCUGCUCCGUUGAGAGUCGUCUCCCGUCUGCAGCUGCCGCCCCGCUCCUUCUUGCUCUCCGGCGGCGUUGCCGGCACGCGAGGAGAUGGAUUCGGUGGCUGGCCUUCUCUCUACAUUAUAGUAGUAGGUUUAGGCUUUGAUUUUGCCUCGAUGGCGUCUGGCGAUAUGCCGUCUUCCCCCCCCUUUGUCGCCUUCCAUGGUCGCCGGCGAGCAGCGAUUGUGGUGCGGAGAAGGCUUUCUUUUCUUGCUCUCCAUGGUGGAGAGGGGAGGAGAAGGGUGGAUCUGGUCUGCAGGGUGGCCAUGGCUGCUGGCUGCGAUCUGACCGUCGACUUGAAUCGGGGCGUCGCCCCCGCCGAUGAAGACAGCUCCGGUUCCAAAUCCCGUCUCUUGCGAUGGGUGGCUCAUGCGGCAACAUCAACGAGGUGUCCACCUCUACAGGUUCGAUUCGGCGAUAUAGUUGCGGCUUGGGUCAUCUUCGUCCUCCAUUCCGGCGGCGCGACGGCGGCUGCUCGAGCGGUGGCGGAACUGUCUAGGCAGAGAGGGUCCCAGGGACUUGGAUGUAAUUUGUUGUUUUUCAGGAUCCUUUCUGUAAAUUUUGGAACAUCUGUGCUGUUUCUGGAUACCUCAUGUAUUUUCGGAUUUCUUGUUUAAUAUAUCCAGAAAUAGUUGUAUCAAAAAAAAAGAAUUCAUGUUUCUACAA